AUGAGUAAAGAGGAAAUGGAGGUUGCUCGUCCAAUUGCUGACUAUCAUGCUACAGUUUGGGGAGAUUAUUUUCUUAAAUAUGCUUCCAAUGAUUCAACGAAAAGCAAUAAUAUCACUGAGAUGGAGCUUAAAAUUCACGGAGACUUUAAAGAGGAAGUAAAGAAAAAAAUAAUUACAAUAACUAAUCUUUCCGAAAAAAUAAACUUUAUUGAUGCAAUCGAACGCCUAGGAAUAGGUUAUCAUUUUGAAAGCGAGAUUCAAGAUGCGAUUCAACAUAUCUAUGAUAUUUCAUCUCAUGAUGGUCAUGAUCUUUGCAACGAUAAUCUUCAUACUAGCGCGGUUCGAUUUCGAUUACUUAGACAACAUGGGUAUAAUAUUUCAGGAGAAAUAUUCAAAAAAUUCAUGGACAAGAAAGGAGAAUUCAAUGCAACAAUAAGAAAUGACAUCAAGGGGAUGUUAAGCUUGCAUGAGGCUGGACAUUUAAGGCUGAGGGGAGAAGAAAUAUUGGAGAAAGCACACAAUUUUACUACAAGUGAAUUGGAGGCUAUAUUGCAUGAUAAUCUCAUAAAUGAGUCCAACCUUAUUCAACAAAUAACUUAUGUUCUCAACCAAUCCUUGCACAAGGGAUUUAUAAGGAUAGAGACGUAUAAUUACUUCAAAUUCUAUCAAAAUGAUGAAUCUCACGACGAGAGACUGUUGGAGUUUGCAAAACUCGAUUUCAACAUUUUGCAAAAUAUGCAUCAAACAGAGAUUGUUGAACUCACAAGAUGGUGGAAACAUUCUGAAAUGACGAAGAAAUUUCCCUUUACGAGGGAUAGGCUGGUGGAGGGUUAUUUAUGGGCUAGCUCAAUUUAUUUUGAGCCUCAAUAUAUAUUUGGUAGAAAUAUAUUUACUAAGUUAGUUCUCUUGUUGACGAUAAUGGAUGAUAUUUACGAUGCUUAUGCUAAUUGGGAUGAACUUGUGCUCAUCACCGAUAUGAUUAAUAGGUGGUCAGAAAAUGACUUUACUCGGUUACCAGAUUACAUGAGAUAUUUGUACGAAGUAUUUGAGGAAUAUUAUGAUUUGUUGGAGAAGGAAAGUGCCCAACGAGGACUUUUUAAUGGCGUCCAACAUUUAAAAGAAAUGGUAAAGGUUUUGGCAAAUGCAUACUUCGAAGAGGCAAGAUGGGCUCAAGAAGGUUAUAUACCUACUGUAGAAGAAUACAUGAAUUGUGCAGGAUUGAUUACUUGUGCUGGUCGGAUUCUUACCAUUAUUUCUUUUAUUGGAAUGGAUCCAAUUUUAGCAACUAAAGAGGCUUUUGAUUGGGUGAUCAACAAUCCACCCAUCAUGAAAGCCACUGGAUUUAUUAUGAGAUUAUCCGAUGAUAUUGUUGGAUUUAAGUUUGAGCAACAAAGAAAGCAUGUGGCAUCAGCAGUACAAUGUUAUAUCAAAGAGAAUGACAUGUCGGAGGAAUUAGCUAUACAUGAGUUAAGAAAAGAAGUGAUUGAUGAAUGGAAAGAUAUCAAUUAUGAAUUGAUUCAUGAAACUCAUAUCCCAUUGGCCUUACUUAGUCGUGUUGUUAAUCUAGCACGAUGCAUGGAUGUGCUUUAUAAGGAAGAAGACGGGUACACACAUUCUCAGAGUAAAAUAAAAGACAUCAUCGCUUCUUUGUUCGUUAAUCAUGUUGGCUGA